AUGCCCCGAUCAUUCCUCAUCAGUAAGCGAUCUUCAUCAUCAUCUUCCCGGUCAACCAAACCCAUCAACACCAACACAAAUACCUCAUCCAAUGGAUGUACCGACGAUGAAGAGAACAGUCUUUCCAAAUCCAAUGACACUUCAAAUGUCAUCGAUUUAUCUUAUGAUGGAAAGGGACCCUUUGAUCUCAGCAUCAAAAGCCAUUUACUCAGAGAACCAAAUACUGGUGUCAAGAAUGAGAAGAUAAAAAAUAUCAGCGAAUAUCACAAUUCAUACCCCAGUCCUCAAUACCGUGACAUUCAAUACUUGCAUUCUCUGGCAACUGCCAAAUGUCUGUCCCCUCAAAACUACUCACCGAACGGACAAAUAGGCGAACUCUCAAAGCCAGCGCUCAUCCCUUUGGAGACUAUUAACUCUAGUCUCCGAUUGUCUCCGUCAUCACCGCAUCACAUGUCCCGACACUUGCAGACAACGGCUCCCUUUAUUUCGUUUGGAUUUGGAAACUGUGGAAACUUCGGAUACAAUGAGAACAAGAAUGUCUUGACCUCCCCGUCCCUCUACUACCAGAACCGACACCUCGAUUACCCGAUAUCUCCACCGCAGACACCGAUUCUACGCUCAGAGCGUUUAGUUCCCAAUAAUUAUAGUUCAAGUGCUUUGGAGAUCAGUCCUCGCAAUCACACCCGACAUGCAGUCAUAUCACCGGUUCAUUCAGAAUACAGACCGCAAUACCUGUCCAAUUGGGUCGAGCAGUUGCCCAUAAAGACAAGCAAUGGAUCGCUAAGCAUAUCGUCGCCGACGCCGAGUCUCAACGGAUCGGAUGACUCCGGACGAGGAAGUGUUCACUCGAGAGGUUCAGUUGUUUCGAGUGAAUCGCAUAAAGCGGACAAAAACGGCAAAUCACGGAAACCGAUGAAUGGGUCGGAUAUGAGUGCCACUCGAUAUCACUGCACGGAUUGCAAUAAGAGUUACUCGACAUUCAGUGGUCUAUCAAAACAUCAAGAAUUUCAUUGCUCCACACAAUCCAAGAAAGCCUUCAGUUGUAAGCAUUGCGAUAAAGUUUACGUCUCGUUGGGUGCGUUGAAAAUGCAUAUCAGAACCCAUACCCUUCCCUGUAAGUGCAAACUCUGUGGCAAAGCCUUCUCCAGACCCUGGCUAUUGCAAGGUCACAUCCGAACCCAUACGGGAGAGAAGCCGUUUCAGUGCGAGUUCUGCAGCCGAGCCUUUGCCGAUCGCUCUAACCUCAGAGCACACCUUCAGACCCAUUCCGAUGUCAAGAAGUAUAGCUGCAAGACGUGUAGCAAAACAUUCUCGAGAAUGUCUUUACUGUCCAAACACGAAGACGGUGGAUGUGCCGGUGCUGGUGGUGUUGCCGGCCAUAGAAUACAGUAG